AUGAAAAUCACCUGCAUCACGAUCCUUUGGUCCCUUGCCAUGGUAUUAUUAUCAGAUGAAAGCCAGGCUUCUAAAACAGAAGUCAGAUGCAAUUUCACAGAAAAGAAUUAUUCCUUCAUUCCAAUGGAUAUCCAUAAAGAUGUUACUAUACUUGAUCUCAGUUAUAACCAAAUUACUUUGAAUGUUAGAAAUAUAAGGACACUACAGAUGUAUGUUUUACUCACUGAGCUCUAUUUGAUUGAAAAUAAUAUCUUUAUCUUACAUAAUAACAGUUUUAGUAACCUCUCCAAUCUAGAAAUUUUAAAUAUCUGUAGAAACUCUAUCUAUGUAAUUCAACAGGGUGCUUUCAUAGGCUUAAAUAAACUACAACAGUUACAUCUCUGUCAAAACAAAAUAGUUCAGUUGGAUCCUGAUAUAUUUGUGCCUCUUCAAAAUCUGAUACUUUUGAAUCUGCAAGGCAAUUUGAUACGCUCUUUUGAUGUUCCACAACUAUUUCAUCUGGAAUUAAUAAUUUUACAUGGAAAUCCAUGGAACUGCUCAUGUAGACUAUUCAAUUUGCAGAACUGGUUGAAUUCAUCAAAUGUGACACUAGAAAAUGAAGACAUCACCAUGUGUAGCAACCCGGAUAUCCUGAAGAGCUACAGUAUUAAAACAGUACCUUAUAAAACGGAAUGUCACUCAAAAUUUUCAUCUAUAAAUGAAGAUCUUGAUGUCUAUUUCAAAUCUAUUAGUAAUUCAACAUUUAAUUAUUCCUUGAACAACAUAACAAUAAAUUCAGAACAUGAAAGUUUUGGAAAAAGUUGGGCUUUUCUUGUGGGUGUUGCUGUCACUGUACUGAUGACUUCACUACUCAUUUUUAUUUCUAUCAAAUGCCCAGUAUGGUAUAAUUUUCUGCUCAGUUACAAUCAUCACCGCCUGGAAGAGCAUGAACCAGAAACCUCUGAAGAUGGUUUCACUGGCAAUUCAAGUCCUCUUUCAGAGAUACCAGAAACAAACUCUGAAGAAACUACAGUAAUAUUUGAACAACUACAUUCAUUUAUGGUAGAUGAUGAUGGGUUUAUUGAAGAUAAAUAUAUAGAUACCCAUGAAUUACAUGAAGAAAAUUAA